GAGAGAGAGAGAGAGAGUUUGGGUGAGAGAGAGAGAGAGAGAGAGAGAGAGAGAGAUUGGGUAAGAGAGGGAGAGAGAUUGGGUAAGAGAGAGAGAGAGGAGAUGCGAAGGAAGAAGCGAGGUGGGAGGCGAUCAUGGAGGCGACUGACGCGGGGCUUAUGUUUGUUUACAUGUUCGGGUUCAACAUUGUGUGCUUGUUAGUCGCCGUGUUGAUUUUCUCGAUGUUACAUCGGAAGGAGUUCUUUCGUCGACUUUUCUCGACUCGUGUCAGUCCGGAGGCCUUGUUUCCCGAUCGCCCCCUCGAUCAUUCCUUUGCCUGGCUCUGGCCCGUCUGGACCACUGAUGAGACCUCCAUCAUCGACCGAGCGGGUCUUGACGCCGCCGUCUUCCUCCGAAUGUUCCUCUUCACCAUCCAAUUACUCCUCGUGUUCUUCCAGAGACGGUCGUUCUUGAAGAAGCGCGCCACUCAACUCUAUCCUGAGGAGUUCACGUUACUUGUGACUGAUAUUCCCCGCGUGCCGAAGUAUAUGCGUGAUCGGUACGAUGAUGAUGAUGAUGAUGAUGAGGAGGAGGAGGAUGGGGCGAGCAGUACAAGUGCGCGGGGAAUUUUGAAAAAAAAAGCGCGCCAACGCUUCUCCCGGAUCCAGAUGGCGGGAAAGAGGUGCUUUCAGAUGCUGGGGACGGUGACGGCGGGCGCGAUCCCGGUGCCGCCGCGCCUCCAAAGCUUCGUCGGCCAAAGCUUUUCCGCCCAGAUCGACAGCUACUUCGGCAGACUGUAUCCCGACUCCUAUCUGACUCAUCAAUGCGUGUACCGCUUCUCUGAAGUUCAAGGAAAAUUCGAGGAAUGGCAGGAAGCGUGGACAGCGCUGCAGCGCGCCAGAGCGACGGAGGAAAUGAUGAUGAAGAAGAGGUCGGGGCGGCAGACGACGACGACGACGAUGAUCGGGAUCAGUGCGGACGUCGAAGAGCGCCAGCACCUCCUGGAAGAGCACCAGGAGGAGGAGAAGGAGGAGGAGGAGGAGGAGAUUAAGCCGUCGUCGUGCAAUCCGGCGGCGCUUGGAGGCAAGAAGACCAAGUCGAGUAGUCCGAUUACCGCCAGGGGUGGAGAAGUGGAGGUGAAGGGAGGAAGGAGAGGAGGAGGAGGAGGAGGAGGAGGAGUUAUCAUGGGAGGUGCAGAGGGGUUGAUGACGAGGAUGAGCAGGUGGGUGGGAGCUGCUUGGGCUGUCGCAGCGGCGAGAGCGAGAAAGCGGGUCGGGAUCGGGAUGUGGAGGGGUAGAAGGGACGGGAUGGGGAGGGUUUCUCCCGGUCCGGAUCCGGAUCGUGGAGGGAGAAGAGAGGAGAUCGCCGCGUUUCUGGACCAGUCCCAGAGUGAUUACGUCAGCUCGGAUCGGAUGACACGUGUCAGACGGGAUACGGACGGGGCAAUAGAUGGCGACGGUGCGCAGCAGCUACCCGUCGUCUUGUAUGAUCGCAAAAAGAGUCACGGUCGGGAGGAGGAGGAGGCGCGAAAAUCUACUACCCCCAGCAGCCACGAGGAACGGAGAAAACGACGAGAAGAACGCGUAAUGCACGAUGACGACGAUGAUGACCGCAUGCGCUCAUUAGCAAGAACACCUACGACGUCUAAGCAGCGGCCACGUGGCAACAAGAGACGAUGGAUUGGUGGCGCGAGAGAUGGAUCGAGUCUGAUGAGGAGGUGGUUGCUCCUGUGCAACCUGUGGCCGAACGGGACAAUCCGAAGUGGGGGAGAAGCAGCAGCGACCGGUAGCAGGAGGAGGCCGUUGCGGUCGGGGGUAGGUCCGGCGACCGCGACCUCUGCUGCUGCCGAGAUCUCGGCCGGAAGUCAAUCACCCUGGCCAUCGGCGAUGGCGGCGCGCAUCGUUCCACGUGGUCAUAGGGUUGAUGACACGAACGAUAAGGAGGAUAAGACGAAGCGUACGGACGAGGAGGAAUGCGCCGCCGCUGCUGCUGCUGCUGAGUCAGCAGUGCAGCGUUCCGGCGCUCCCUCUUCAGGCAGGACUCGGUUGUCGUACAGUAGCGAUCCCGGCGUCAUCGGCGGGACGCGGCGCACGGGGGGAGGAGGCACCACCUCUUCGUUCUUUUCUGCUGCUCAACCACAGCAGAAGCAACAGCAGCAACGAGAAGACGGCUAUGGCGGCGGCUAUGGAGGAGGAGGAGGAGGAGGAGGAGGAGGAGAGGGGAGUUCGUCGUCGGUGUGUGCGGAUGGGGGGCCAGAAGCGGGGAAUCGAUUGACACAUAGGACUGGUUUUAUGGGGCUUUGGGGAAAGAGAGUGGAGAGCGUGGCUUAUUGGGAGGAGAGGGUGCGUUUGCUGACCGACAAACUGCGGAAGAAGCAGCAGGCGGCGCGGCGCGAUCGCAUCGCGGGUUCGGCUUUCAUCUCGUUCAAGAGCCGCACGGUCGCGACCGUUGCCGCACAGACGUCGCACGCCGCCUUGGGCACCAAAUGGCAGGUGCUCAUGGCGCCAGAGCCAUCCGAUGUUCACUGGGGCAACGUUGCCCUCAGCAUGUGGCAGCGCGUGUUCAGGCGCCACGCUGUUCGCUGCGCCGUCGUCUUCAUCAUCCUGUUCAUCUACGCGCCUGUGGGAGUCCUGACCAAGUACACGGACAUCAAAUUCCUCUCCAAACACUUGUCCGCAUUCCGCGAUCUGGACAAUCACCCUGCCGUUAAGCGGCUAAUCGCCCCCCUGUUGCCAGGUGUCGCUCUGCGCGUGUUCUGGUGGGUGAUCCCCAAGAUACUCUACUGGCUUUCGAUGCAAGAAGGCUGUGUCUCGUACAGCGAAGCGGAGCUUCGGACCUGCACCAAGCACUACUUCGUCUUGCUGUUCAACCUCUUCCUCGGUUACACGUUCACCGAUACUUUGAUGAACUAUUUGAGAACUAUCGUGCACAAGCCGGUCGCGCUCUUCGACAUCCUCGGCUCGUCAAUCCCGAGGGCGUCGUCCUUCUUCAUCUCCUACGUGCUGGUGAGCUCUCUAGGGUUCUGUCUGGAGCUGCUACGGAUCCCUGGCCCGCUGUUCAAGUACUUCUACACUCUGCGGACCGUCGACAAGACCAUAGCCGACGCGGAGGGGCUCUGGUCCCCCGGCGGCAUCACCUACUCCACCUAUGUUCCCUACCAGAUGUUUGUCAUCACUCUCGGGGUUGUGUUUGCCAUCCUCUCACCUCUGAUUGUCCCCUUCGUGGUUCUGUACUCCUUCAUGGGUUAUUUUGUAUGGAAGCAUCAGAUCAUGUAUGUGUACUCGUUUCCCUACCAAACGGGGGGCAUGCUGUGGCCCUACUUCGUCGACUGCGUGUUCACGGCGCUGAUCAUUGCGCAGCUGACCUUGGCAGGAGGGUUCUUGAUGAAGAAGGGCUACAUGCAAAUGGCCUACUCCCUCCCUCUUCCCUUCAUUACCUUGUAUACGAGUUUGAUCUUCAACAAGAGAUUUCGACGAACUUUCCGUGUGCUGCCGUUGGAGAUGGCAGUGGAGGUUGAUGAGGUGGCGGGAAGGAUGUACUAUGAGCCCGAUGCCGUCGAUUUCGCGCUCAGAUUCGUUCCAGAUUGCAUGCGAGCUGUCAAAGAUGUAGAUGAAGCGCAGGUUCCCGCUAAUUACGGCUACGAGGCCACUCAAUUAAUGAGGAUGGGGUCGGUGGUGUCGGAGCAGAGCCCGGACUUCCGCUACGACGUGUUCAAAGCCGCCGGUGUGGUGGGGGAGGAGCGGUCGCCAGGCGCGAUCAGCAGCCUGAAUCAUCAAUGGCUCCUCGAGUGCCCGCCGUCGGAGGGACAAUGGGCUAAGCCAAUCAGUCCGUCGAUGCCGUGGGCGAGUAGGGCGAGCAGUCCGUCGCACUCCAUCUUGAGUGGUGUGGGAAGGCCAGGGGGGGGGCACAGCAGUCCGGCAUCCAGCGAGGUUGGGCGUCGGAUGACCAGCCACAGAUGGCCGACGGCCGGCGGCAGAGGGGGGGCGGGAGCGGAAGGGGGAGGAGGAGUAUGGGGAGAGGGAGGGCUCGGAGGCGGGGUGAGCAGUGGACCCUUGCGAAUGGAGAAACCGACGUCGGGAUCCCUUCGCCGAGCACGGCAGUCGGCCAGACGACGCAGAGCGUUGUCCAUCGUGAAGGAAGACGACGAACUGCGAGGAGGCGAUGGAGGAGCGGGAGCAGGAGGAGGGGGAAGAGGAGGGGGAGGAUCGGGAUCGAGUUCCGGUGGUCGGCGCCGUCAUGGCAGGCGGAGGGUAAGAUUCGAUGACGAUGAGGAGGAGGAUGCCGCCGCCGCCGCCGACGUGGAGAACGUGAAUGGAGUGAACGCGGGAGGUGCGAGCGGCAACGGGGGAGUCGGGACGAAGGGCGGAAGCGGCGGGAACGGCGCGGGAGGAGAUGAUCGGGUGGAGCGCAAACAGGCGGAGCAGACGGGAUCGGGAUCUGUUCCUGGAGGCGCGGUACAGCAGGAAGGGGUCGUGAGCAAUGUGGCCAAAGUGCGUGAGGCAAUUUGGAAAGCUGUGAAAAUAGUUGGGAGCGGAAUCGGGAUAGGGACCAGCGGCGAACCCAAUCGGGAUCCGGGCAGUCACCCUGUUGCGGUUGCACAAAAGGCAGAACAGCUGCUGGUAGAACCUAAAGCCCUAGAUUUAGGAGGAUCAGACGGUCGCGGACGCAGAGAAGGAGGAGGAGGAGGAGGAGGAGGAGGAGGAGGAGAAGUGGGUAGCAGCAGUGGGAAUGGCAGGACAUCAGUGCGGAAGUCAGGACGAGGGAGAAGUAAGGCUCGGAAUAAUACCACCACUGGUUACUGCAGUGAUAGCGAACUGAACAGGCGAAGGAGGCAGGAAGGGGAUGAGCGGAGGGGGAGGAGAAGAAUUACAAAGGUGUGGAGUGACAAGAAGUGCGGAUCCGAGCGAACACGAGUGGUAGGCGGAGGAAGAAGAGGAGGAGGAGAAGGUGGUGUAGCAAGUGGUCUCUCUUCGGCUGUAGAGAUGGGGAAGAAUACAGACAUGGUUGUAGAAAGACGAGUAGUAGUAGUAGGAGGAGGAGGAGACGGCGGCGCUAGGGAUUCGUCGCCACGCUCCUCUGAGAGCAGCCAUCGCCAUCGUCUUCAAGAAUUGCAGAAGGUGGCAGACAAGAAGGCACAUGGCAGUGUCAACGAUGCGAAUGACGAUGGCAGUAGUUGCAGCGAGGUUAUCAGCAUCGGGAACAUGUUUCUCUCCCCUGGUGAUGGAGGGUAUGGCCCUUCAUCAUCAUCUGAUGGGAUCGGGAUCUCUCCUGCCACGUCGGAAGGGAUCUCGGCUCGAUAUCCAAGCCGCAGUGUCAGUGUGCGCAUGCUGGAUGAGGAGGAGGAGGAGGAGGAUGAAGCGCGCCGAGCAGGGGGAAGAAACAUCGUUUGGAACUUCUCGCCGGAUGAUUGUACUUACAACAACACGACUAGGAGAAAGAUACGGAGUCGACGGGGAUCGGCAGAUCUCGACGCCGGUUGGCCGAAGCUCAGCUGGGGUUCGAACCUUCGUCUCUUCCCUGUACCAGCCUCUCGUUCGCAGUUAGGCUUGGAGACUGGAUUCCAACCUUCGCCUCCCACUCGUUUCUCUCCCUCUCCUUCUCCUCCUUAUUCUCCCUUUUUCCCACCUACCCCUCGCGCAGCUGCUCCUUGCUCUAGUGGCCGCAGUAGUGACCGUGACUACAACUAUGCCUCUCAAGCAGAAGAAGCCAAUCGCGAUUCUUGUAGUUCGGCGGGACCCUCCUACCUUUCUCCCAAUGCCUUGAAUCGUCUCUUCGACAACAUCCCAUUCCCACAUCAUCAUCAUCAUCAUCGGUCCCCUCCUGUCCCACAUCAUCGGUUCCCUCCUGUCGGCGACAAAAGGGUGACAAGGAGAGGUAAUAGCUCUCAAGCAGGAGCCCUCCGGUUUUCACCUUCUGAAGACGAAGGUCAUGAUGCCAAGGAGGAUUAUGACUACGACCAGGAGGACGAUGAGGGGAGGAGGAGGGUUGAUGAGCGUGACAGGGGGGAUGAAUCUCCAUUCUUUGAUGACUUCUCCAUGUCUGGGGGGUCUGAGAGGACAAGACGGCCAUCGCCGGCGAUGUCGACCAUGUCGCCGCCCAACAAUGGCCAGAUGAUGGUGAUGGCAUCGCACAGGUUGGAAACGAUGGAGGCGAUUGGUGACCCCAAGGGGGUGGGGGGUGUCACUGCGCGCCGUCAUCUGUCUGCUGCCCUGAGCAGACUGUCGGGAUCGUCGGGAUCUGGGGCGUCGCCGUCGAAGGCGCCGCCAUCGCCGUCGUGGUGGGAAGAAGGAGAGAACCAACUGCUUUCGGUGGGACGCUCCCCUGGUCGGGGUGCACUUCAGUUGACGUCAUCCUUGAGUCAAGCUUCAUCCAAAGCUAGCGGCGGGGGAAGCUCGGCGCGCAGCAGGUCCUCCCCUUCCCCACUCCCUCAAGCCCCGCCUCUUUCUUCUGCUCCCCUCUCCUCUCCUCCUCCUCCUUCGCCUGCUCCUCCCCCUCCCCCUCCUCCCCCUCCUCCCCCUCCUCCUCCACCUCCUCCUCCUCCUCCUCCGCGUUUCUUCUCGUUGCCCGUGCGCUUCUUGGCGCCCUUUACUAACCACUAUCGGCGGAUCCCACCGCCUUCCGCUACUCCAGUAGCGGAAGGCGAAGAAGGUGACUCGUUAGUGUAGACGUCAUCAUUAUUAUCAGUGCAGACAGACGGUGUUGCGAGGAUGCGAGGCCAUGGCCAUUCCAUGGCCGACGCUGCUACUAGCGGAUGAAUCUUCCCAGUUCCUGUGGGAAGAUGCACUCGCUUUUUUGUUGGUUUUCGUUGUGCCGGGUGGCGAUGCCCCACCUCUCUACCCCGAGGGACACAGACACCCCUGGAGCGAUGGCUGUUUCUCCAUGAAGCAUAGUCCUCGCCGCCAGGCGCCGGAGGCUUGCUUGCUCGGAUGUCCCUCUUCCACUGCGCAUACUCCCACUCAGUCUGUAUCUGCCUUCAGUUUGGGCUAGAUACAGUCGAGGACUAAAUACAGUCAACAUCCUCCCGCGUAUGUGAGCAUAUGCUGUUCCUCGGCAGGUGCAAUGUACCCAAAAAAAAAACUGUACAAAUAAAUUGCCUGCCUGAUC